GUCUGCAGCCACACGUUCCGACUGACGUGCCGAUUGUGUCUGAAAGAAAACAACCAUGAGCGAGAGGAGGAAGGUGAGGGCGCAGUCCAUCAUCAAGGGUCUCGGCGUUCCAUCUACCAAUGACUCGGGGAUGGGGGCCAAGAAAAAAUCACUCUCCCGCAUCAGCAGCAGUGUAUCCCAGUCCGACACAGGGCGAGGAAAAGGAAGGAGGAAGAAGGAUGCCCACAUGGAGGAGGCUGAUGAGGCCGCUAUGGCUGAACAACUCAGGAAAGCUGAGUGGGAACAAAUGCUGGCCAAAUUAAAAGCUUCUGCUGGUUUGGAAAAGCUGAGAGAAGAGAUGGUCCGUCAAGAUGCCACGCAGGAGAAGAAGGAGAAGGUGGUCAGUUUCACAGUGAAGAAGAAAAACCCUAACUACAGGAGGAGAAUGACUGUAGCAGUGGCGGUGCCAGCCCCGAGCGACGUCGAGGCGGUUCCGCUCACGCUGCCAGCGCAUAAAGGUCCCCGGAUGGAUGAAAGUGGGCGUGUCGUACCGCACAGCAUUCUGGGAAGUGUGGUGGAAUAUUCCGUGGAAGCCCAAAGGCAGGGAGCGAUGCAUGUGGUGACGUCACAGAAGGAUGGAUGGAUGGAGAGGAAUGGACAGACGGACGAAAGGAAAUGGAGGAAUGGAUGGAGAUUUUGGAAGCGCCGGAAGGAUGGAAGAGAGGAAGGAAUGGAUGGAAAAAUGGACAAGGAAGAUGAAAUGGAUGGGAUGGAGGAGGAAGGAUGGAAGGACAGGAAGGAGGGAUGGAGGGACAGGAAGGAAUGA